AUGUUUAAUAAUUUUGACGACGAUGAUGCCUUUGGCGUGCCUUUCUUUGGGGGUUUACGUCCAAAUCUCGGCGGUGGCGGCGGCUUUAUGAAUCCCAAUAGAGGUUUCUCAGAGACCUACCGUUGUUUUCCUACAGCCAUGAUGCAGCAAGGCAGUGACAGAGAGAAUGUCAAUUACGGUGGCAAGAUCAUCUUACCCCAAUCUGCAUUGGAGAAACUUUCACAACUCAACAUCUCAUACCCUAUGUUGUUUAGAUUGACCAACAAUGCUGAACAGAAACACAGCCAUGCAGGUGUGCUUGAAUUCACUGCUGAAGAAGGACGAGUCUACUUACCACAAUGGAUGAUGGAGACAUUAGACAAAGAACCCGGAAGCCUUAUUGAAGUAAAGAAUGUGACAUUACCAUUGGGCACUAUGGUCAAACUGCAAGCACAAUCAACCGACUUUCUAGAAAUCACCGACCACCGUGCUGUACUGGAAAAGGCGAUGCGUAACUUUUCAACAUUGACAGUGGGCGAUAUAGUGCAAAUCAGCUACAACGACAAAGUGUACGAGAUUAAAGUAUUGGAAGUCAAACCACACUUUGAGGAUCAUCAGGGUAUUUCCGUUGUAGAAACCGAUUUACAAGUGGAAUUUGCAGCACCUGUCGGCUAUACAGAGCCCAGCAGCCAAAAACCAGCACAAGCAGCAAAGAGUCAUAUGGUCAUUGAUGCACCCAAGCCUGUCAAAACUGGAUUUGCAGCAUUUGAAGGAGGGGGACAAAGUCUUCGCGGCAAGAAUAAAGGUAGCACAUUAGCAGAUGGCUCAAAUACAAUGGAAACAGACACUGUCAACGAGAAUGAUGAUGGACCUCUCAAUCUACCAUUUGGCCAGCUUUACUUUGGAUUCCCUAUUGUGCCUCCACCAUCUGAAGACGACGAUAAAAAGGUGGAAAAGAGCAAAUUUGCAGGUUCAGGUCAGACAUUGAGAGCAAAGAAAAAGUAA